AUGCCGUCGCCGGACGCGGCGGCGAGGCACACGGGCGCCGGCGUGGCGCGUCGGCAGGCCCACCACGAGCGGAUGCGCGACGAGCGCGCUCGGGAAGCGGCCGCGGGUGACGCGGAGCUUCCGCCGGAGGACGACGCGGUCGAGAUGGCGAGCGCCGUCCACGUGCUGGACAGCGUGGCGGAGGUGGGCCCGAAUUACACUCUGCUGCGCAGCAAGGAGACGAAGGCGAAGCGGCGGAAGCGAAAGCGCGAGGAUGCCAGGGCGGCGCUCGACGGCCACACUGUCCUGUCCACCGGAUCGCGCCUCGAGAUCUUCUGCGACAGCGAGCGGUGGUACCCUGCGACCGUAAUGGCGCGGGAGGAGGACCGGGACGGACGGAUCGUGCACGAGGUCGAGUACGACGGCUACUCGGAUCGGCGGUGGUGGCACAUGCUGGACGACGAGCGGUGGCGCGCCGUCCCAGAGCAGGCCGGCACGGGCGCAGGAGGCGCUGCCGCAGAUGGGGAUGGGGAUGCGGCGAUGGACCGCGUGGACGGCGAGCAUGGCGCCCGUGCCGCGGGCGACGCCGAGGCGGCCGAGGUGCGGCCGGCGCCGCCUCCUGUGCGCCGGGGUGUGCAGCGCAGCGCGCUGGCGGACGCCCUCGAGGCGGAGGAUGACGAGCAGCAGGACGAGGCUGCGCGUGGCGAUGGGCGGCCGAUGCUAGCGCCCCACGGGCCGGCACUGUCGGCGCACCUUCGGGUCGUGCGCCUGCGGCUGCGCGAGUUCCUGGCGACGCAGGCCGCGGCGGGGAAGAGCGUGCCGAUGCAGCGGACGGCUCUCGGUCUGCACCCGACGAUGCGGUUCACAGCUGCGAGGGCCAACCAAGGGAUUGGGCGCGUCAAGUUAACUUGA